CCCCUCCUCUUCCCAGUCCACCUCGGCCGCCGCCAGUUUCGACCCCAGUCCCGGGCUAGCCGGCCUGGACGCUGCGCCGCCGCGGGCAGCGAUGCGCAGAGGGUCCGCGCCGCCCCGGGGCCGCCGUGCGGCACCAUGAAGCUCCGCAGCAAGGCGGCAGCGCUGCUUCUGCUCGCGCUGGCCGUGCUGCUGCUGGCUCUGCUGUCCUUGCGCGCCCGCCAGGACCUGGAGCCCCCUGGGUUCCCUGCGCGUCCCGAGGCUGCCCCUCAGCGCCGCCACGCGCCGGUCCCCACGCUCCCUCCGGAGCCCCGCGCCUUUCCCGGAGCCGCUGGCCCGCGUUUCCCCAGGCGCCGGCCCCCGCGUCUGCGACCCGGAGCGAGCCGCCCGCGCGCCGCCAGCCGCGGGAAGUUGGCGAGGAGGUCUGGGGAAGUGAGGAGUUUGCACUCCGUGCCACCCGAGCUCUGGAUUCACUUGGCCGUGGUGGCCUGUGGCAACCGCCUGGAGGAGACGCUGGUCAUGCUCAAGUCAGCCGUGCUCUUCAGCCACAGGAAGAUGCGCUUUCACAUCUUCACAGAGGAUGCUCUGAAGCCCGAGUUUGAUAAACAGUUGCGCCAGUGGCCAGACUCAUAUACAAAGAAGUUUGAGCACAAACUCUACCCUAUCACAUUUUCGGUCGGAAACCCUCAGGAAUGGAAGAAACUAUUCAAACCCUGUGCGGCCCAGAGACUCUUUCUUCCGGUAAUCUUAAAGGAUGUGGACUCACUUCUCUACGUGGACACUGACGUCCUCUUUCUGCGGCCCGUGGACGACAUCUGGAAGCUUCUUAGGCAGUUUAACUCCACCCAGCUCGCUGCUAUGGCCCCAGAGCAUGAAAUCCCUAAGAUUGGCUGGUACAGCCGCUUUGCCCGGCAUCCUUUCUACGGCUCUGCUGGGGUUAACUCAGGGGUCAUGCUCAUGAACUUGACUCGCAUAAGAAGUACCCAGUUCAAGAACAGCCUGAUUCCAACAGGUCUGGCUUGGGAGGAGAUGCUGCUCCCGCUGUACCAGAAGUAUAAGAAUGCCAUCACGUGGGGAGAUCAGGAUUUAUUAAAUAUUAUUUUUUAUUUCAACCCAGAGUGUCUCUACGUGUUCCCCUGCCAGUGGAACUACCGGCCUGAUCACUGCAUGUAUGGAAGCAACUGCAAAGAGGCUGAGCGGGAAGGUGUGUCUGUUCUGCAUGGCAACCGUGGCGUCUACCAUGAUGACAAGCAGCCCACUUUCCGAGCGCUCUAUGAAGCAAUCCGGGAUUUUCCCUUUCGAGACAAUCUUUUCCAGUCUAUGUACUACCCUCUGCAGCUGAAGUUUUUGGAGACGGUGCAUACCCUGUGCGGGCGGAUCCCCCAGGUUUUUCUCAAGCAGAUUGAGAAAACGAUGAGAAGAGCUUACGAGAAGCACAUCGUCAUCCACGUGGGCCCCAACCCCAUGAGCUGAGCGUCCUCUCGCACUGUCAGCCAGCCUGGUGUCUGUAACCCGGGACGUGGAUGCUUACGUGGAUUGGAUAUUUGUGUGUGAAUAUUUAAUGGUGCUCUAUGACUGUUGAAGUUAAAAAGCCUGAUUAUAUUUUGGUAAGCUAAUUAUCCCUAGAAGGGAAUGUGCUUCUCCUUAUUUUCUCCUGACAUCCUAUUUAUCUUUUAUUUUUCAAGUUAUUUUAUGAAUUUAACAUUGUCCCAGUGGGUUGAGAGAGGAAGGGGAAUGUUUUUCUAGCUCUCAAAUAUGAGCCCCUGUCGUUAUGUGCAGCUAUCAUAAUAAUCUGGAUUUCUUGAGACUCUUCCUAUGCAACUUGCUCUCUCAUAUCUUAUUGAAAAGCAAUACGCGUCGGGGCUGGCAAGAUGGCUCAGGCGGUAAAAACAUUUUCCCAACAACCCUAAAGGCCUGCGUUUGACUCCUUAGAUAGAAGAUGAGAAUGAACUUCACCAAGUUAUCCUCUGACUUCCAGGUGUGCCCACACUCACACCAACAAGUAAAGAAAGGUAUUAGUAUUGUAAAUAUAUAGUAUUGUAAAUAAGAAUAAGGGCUGGAGAAAUGGCUUGGUGGGUAUGAGCGCCGACUGUUCUUCCAGAGGUCCUGGGCUUCAUUUUCAGCACCCAUGUAAAUGGUUCACAACCGUCUGUAACUCCACAUCCAGAGUAUCUAAUGCUCUCUUCUGUCCUCCACGGUCACUACGCACAGAGGUAGUGUGCACAUCAGAUAUACAUGCAGGCAGAACAUUCCUAUACAUAAAAUAAAAUAAUAACAUUUUAAAAAUUAAAAUAAUAAUAAUAAUAAAUUAUGAAACAAACAAACUUGAAGAGAAUAUAGGUCAAUGUGCCACAAUCAAGAUUAGAUUAGACAUAAUCUUACCGACCACUUGAAAAAGGUUGUUACCAUUUGAAUGCGUUUUCUUCCAGACUCCUUAAAACUCCCCUGGCUUCUGUAUUUCCCACAGUAACACGUUUAAAACAUACAACCUCAGUGAAGCCCAGCCUGUUUGCUGAGAUUUCAUAUAGAAGACUAAACAGCCAGACGAGAUAAUUACAGCAUGUCGUGUCUGGAAAAGGCUUUCAGACCAGCUAAUUGGGCAGCAUUUCAAGAUGAAGCAUGUGUCUGAGAGUGCAUCUCAGACGGAUUGCCGAGCCCCGUGGAGGGCUCAAUCACGAGAGAUUUCUAUGCAACAAAAGCUUCCAAAAGAAAGCCCAAGGGGGGCUGGGGAUUUAGCUCAGUGGUAGAGCGCUUACCUAGGAAGCACAAGGCCCUGGGUUCGGUCCCCAGCUCCGGAAAAAAAAAGAACCAAAAAAAAAAAAAGAAAGAAAGAAAAAAAAAAGAAAGCCCAAGGGAUCUCUUUAGCGAAGAGGUGUGAGUUUGUGUUUCUCCUCAGACAAGAGCACUUGAUUGGACUACUGGUCAGGGGGCAGAUAUCAAAGGGCAACUUCAGAUGUUUGGUAUUUGUUUUAAUUGUAUUUUUAACUGUGUAUCUGUCUAUGUCUGUGUCUGUGUAUGGCAUAUGAGUCCAGGUGCCGAUGGAGACUGGAAGCGGGGGCGUUAAAUCCCCUUGAGCUUGAGUUACAAGGGGUGAGGCUGCUGACUUAGGUGCUAUGCACUAGACUUAGGUCCUCUGCAAGAGCAGCAAGUGCUCCUAACUGUGGAGCCCUCUCCGUCCCCUUGGGGUUCUUUUGUCUUGUAUUUUAAAGACAGGGUUUCACAACCCGCCUGCCUCAACUUCCAAGUAAAUCCUGGAUCUACUGGUGUGUGUCCCCACACCCAGCUCCAGUUUCAGAUUUAAUUUGCUAAAAGUAAAUAUUUCAGAAAUUUUCAUUGGCAAGAAAAUGCAAAUUCCUGCCAGCCUCAGGACUCUUUCAACUGUGGCUAGCCAUCUCUUAGUUUAGAAGCCUCACAAUCCUAGCACCUAGCUACAGGAGAGAAAGCUCUUGUUCUGUCCCCGAGAGAGAUCUGACUUAAUCCCUUGCUUGUAUGUUGGUGUCCAUGUAGGGACAUUUUGCAUCCUGCUUUAUUUAUCUCAAAUGACUUUUGCAUACACGAUUAUUUUGUUGUUGUUUCCUGCAGCCUAGAGAACUAGGAGGGGCCCCUAUCAUCUCCAUGAGGUUAAAAGACUGGAAAGGCUUCUUCUUUUAAUUAAUUGCUUUAAAACAGCAAGAGGAACAACCCCAGUAUAAGUACAUUUCUAUAAAACACAGGUUGGUGUGAGAUGGAUCCUAUUUUCCAGGAAGGAAAGAAAACGUUUGAAAAAUAAACAUCCCGAGUUCCCUUCAUCCUACACAGACAGCAAUCUGAAAAGUGGGAAAUAAAAAAAAAACAAAAACAAAAACAAAAAAAACCAGAUUAUUUUUAUUUAUGAAGUGUGGAGCCCAUAUACCAGUAGGUCAUCACAGCCCCUGUCUCUGCAGAAGUGUCUCAUUCUGAGAUGGGACUCCUCAGCACUACAGUGCUAACCUGCAGUGGCGGUUAGUGUGUGACACAGUGAUUGUAGUCACAGUUGUGAUGCUGAAAUGCUACGGUCUGGCCACUUUCUCCUCUUGCCUACCACCUGCUAUCGUUAGGGAAAUCACCCUGUGGUAGGCUACUCUCAUUCUUACGGCUGUUCUGUGUCCCCACCAGCAGACAUGACAUCUUAUUUUGGUCUUUCCGGCUGCAGGCACAUGGGGUGUGGGGUAACUUCCCACAAUCUGGGCUUUAGUGGUGGAGCCAAGAAUGUACACAUAAAGGGCUGACUUGCAUUCCAGUCUGCUCUCCAUGGUCUGUUCGGAACGUCCAGUGAACCCACGAGUGCUAGUUAGACUCCUCAGUGGCUACCAGAUCUGAAGACCUUCCAUCAAGUCUGUGGAGAAGCCUUCAAAUAGGAAACACAAAAGCGCCUUUGGUUUUAUGAAAGCAGGUCUACUCUCAACUCUCAACUGUUUGAUGCCAACCAAAUGCAGAGCACUGUUGUCACUGAGUCUCAGUGGGAGAAUUUUAGAACAUUCCAGAAGUCAGUUAUGAUCUUGUGACACUUUAAGACCUGAUGUGGCACACAUACACCCACUCCCCAAGGUGGAAUUCCCAUGGUGCGGCCUACAGUUUUAGGUCCAGUGGAGAAUUUAAGGAGAAAAAAAAUUUUCUUCCAACUCUUUGUACCUGAAAGUGGUAAUUAUUGGGUUUUCUCUGUCUUUGGUAUCCCCCCCCCCGCCCCCCCGCAGACACCUUUGAGAUGGAGAGCCACGUGUUUAUUCAAUGAACUUCAAAAACACUCGAUCUGAUCCGAGCAGUUCCCUGCUGCCUUUCAGCUCCUCAGGGCACGCUGAAUUUACCCCUGCAGGGGCUAAAGCUGGUGCUCUCCUCGCCUGCUCUGGCCUUGUUUCUUUUCCCCUCCUCAUCCUUCCCUCUUGUCUCAGUUGCCGUUCUAUUGCUGUGAAGACACACCAUGACCAAGGCAUCUCUCAUGAAUAAAGCAUUUAACUGGGAGCUGCCUUACAGUUUCACCAGCUCAUCCGUUAGCAUCAUGCUGGGAAGCAGACAGGUUUGGUGAUGUUGAGCUUCACAUUCUUUUUUUUUUUUUUUUUUUUUUUUUUUUUGUUCUUUUUUUCGGAGCUGGGGACCGAACCCAGGGCCUUGCGCUUCCUAGGCAAGCGCUCUACCACUGAGCUAAAUCCCCAACCCCGAGCUUCACAUUCUUAUCCUCAGGCUGAGAGACCCCCAGUGCACACCUCCUCCAAGAAGGAACACCUCCCAUCCACCAGGGACUAAACACGCAAAUUUUUGAGCCUAUGGGGGUCGUUCUGAUUUAAACUAGGACACCUCCUCCUUCCUCUCUGCUGCCUUCUCUCUUUUCUCAUUUCCUAUUUAAAAAAAAAAGUCUGCUUCACAGAUGUAGCUGUGGCGUUCUGUGUAGAGUGUCAGAGAACUUUGGGACAGCAAGUGAUGACCAUGCUUUUGCACAAGUUGGAAGUGAGAUUUCAAUGGCAGGGUUGCUGGGAAGACUGAGGUUACUCCUUGCUGUUUAUUUCCAACAUCUGAGAAAUUGUGACUUACAUAAAAAUUCUAAUACUCGAAUAUGCCCCAUCUACAAAAUCAAUUUGACUGUCUCCCCGACUUUGACAAUUGUAGUUUAGCACAGUGCUCUUGGCUUCAGCUUUUUUGUGACAUUCGGAUGUCAUAUCCGGUGCUCCACUGUGAACCAUCUGCACUUUCACUGUCUGCUUCUGAAACGGACAUUUAGAUGCUCCCAGAGACUGGCUGGUAUCAAUGAUGAAUUUGUAGUCUCCAUAAGCGAAAGUCAACAAACACAUCAAACCAUGCAUAAUCAAAGCUCGAUCUGGAGUGGUAGCUCUGGGCAUGGUGGCUCACAACUAUCAUCCUAAGAGGAUGCUGGAGGGGAGGCUGGAGAGAUGGCUCACGGGUAAAGAGCACCGUAACCAUUUCUUUCCAGAGGACCUGGGUUUAAUUCCUAGCACCUAGGCUUACAACCAUCUGUAACUCCAGUUCUAGGGGGAAUCUGAUGCCCUCUUGUGACUUCUUAGGAUAACAGGUAUGCAUGUAAUUCACAGACAUACAUGCAGACACAAUGCCCAUACGUGUGAUUUUUUAAAAACUUAAAAACACCUAAGCAGGGUCCAUGCCUUUAAUCCCAGCACUCAGGAGAUAGGCAGGUGAUCUCUGCGAGUUCAAGGUCAGUCUGAUCUACAGAGUGAGUUCCAGGCCAGCCAGGGCUACAUAGUAAGACCCUUUCUCAAAAACAAAGCAAGUGCACACGCACUAGGUCUGAAAAAAAAUAAAAAGUUAUUGAGUGAUCAUAAAACAAUGAUUCAGUAAGUUAAAAUCCUUAUAGCCUGCUCUGUAGACAGGUCACCUGCCACAUAAAUGUAGAAUUAUAGGAUGUAAUAUUUGGUAUUUACUCAUAAAGAAUAAAUGUCAUGUGUUUGAUGAACCAAAAUGGGCAUCAUUUCAUGAUCAAAUUCAGAAAUUCAUUCUCAGUAUAAAAGUGUCAUUUAAUAGAAUGGCAGGCAGCUCUUCUUACAUUUUUGUUUUCUGCUAUAUCUCCAUGUUUUCCAUUUUUGCCUUCCCCUUCCUGUCUAUAAAUUUCUGGGUCAUACAGGAACCAGGGCUUUCUUGGAACCCGGGACAGUUCUUGGGAACCCCUGUAUAGGUAGAAGAGGCUUCUAACUAAAGCUUAGAUCCACUUGUCUGUGACUGGGGCUGUUCCAGACAUUUGAAAAGCUUAACACCUGCACACACUCAUACACACAUGCUAUAUUCCUUUUAAAAGGGACACUACCUUUUACUGUAUCUUUGAGUUGAAAAAUCCUGCACGGUUAAUGCCGUUCCAUUCACAACAGCAUUGUGGGCCUUUACCUCUGACAAGAUUUCUCUGGCAAAAGAGAGAGCGCUUUGUUCUAGUUAUGGUUUUUACAGGUCAAAACUGGAAAUAUUCUCUUGAGACUGCAGCAUAAAACUGUGUGUGUCACCAUAUGUGUAAACACGUGAGAACCAGGCACAGUGCUGGCCUCACUGGGCUGACAUGUUUGCAUUCCUGAACACAGGUUGUUUUCUGUCUAGUUUGCUCAAAAAACUUGGGUGUUUUUUGUUGUAAUUUUUAUUUGCAAAGAAAUACAUUUUAAAGAAAAGAACAUGGGUUGGGGAUUUAACGCAGUGGUAUAGCGCUUGCCUAGCAAGCGCAGGUGCCUGGGUUCGGUCCUCAGCUCUGGGGGAAUAAAAACAAUCCAAGAAGAAGGAAUUAUUAUAAUUAGUAAAAUAGAGGACAAGAACUAAGACGACAUGACCAUCUCAUCUUUUUAAAUAUCUCAUCUCUUGCUUUGUUUUACCUUAAAAAAAAUUUAAAAGCUUUAAAUAUGUUAUUUGAUAUUGCUUUUGAAAUGUGUAUGUUUUUCUUCCUAAGAUUUUAAGCCUAAAUAUGUAUCUUAAGUAUGUAUAACUAGUAAAGAGUAUUUAAUACGUAGAAUAGUUUAUUUUUUAAAAAAGUCAUUAAAAAUUUUACCUUGAUUAUAA